UUUCUCCAAAUAUCCGGUUUGUUGAAACAGGAACUAAAAAAAAAGCCAAAACAAAACCCAUGCUCUGAAACAGCGAUGACGCAGCUUUUCCUCUGCUGUAAUUACGUGGUUAUUUUUCCACACUUUGAUGUUAAGGAAAUUCGAAUAUUUGUCAAGUGACUGGUCAGCCCCCGACGGAAGGUUGCGCUAUAUCUGAACAGAUGGCUGCCGUCUGUCUGGUUUCAUGCAAAGAAGACAUAUCUACGCUCGUAUCCGCUGAAAAUGCGCACCCCAAACAGAAAGAUUUAGAUGGGGAGUUUUUCGGCGUUCGUAAAAUACUCGGCGAUGGGAACUGCUUCUACAGAGCCUUCUGCUUUGCCUACCUGGAGUCAAUCUUUCACAUUCCCAGAGCUCUGGAGAGGUUCAAACAGAAGAUAAUCCAGAGCGGACAAGUUUUGGCUGUUGCAGGAUUUGAAGAAAGUUCUUUCAUCCACCAUCUUGAUACUGUUGUAAAUGUUGUGGAGGAAUGCCAGGCCGAUGAGCAAGAAAGCACGCUACUCAAGCUUUUCAACGACAGCGCAGUCUCGGACGGUGUCGUUCAGUAUCUGCGGCUUCUUACAUCAGCGCAUUUGCAAAACUUUGCAGACUUCUUCUGCAACUUUGUCGAAGCUCCUGACCUACAAGUCUACUGUCGUCAGGAAGUGGAGGUUAUGGCAAUGGAGUGUGACCAUGUGGACAUCUUAGCCUUGUCUCAAGCUUUGGAUGUUGGUCUUCACAUAGUCUCUUUGGAAGGUGAACAGCAGCAGCUGGUGCACUACAUCAUUCCAGAGGGAGCACAACCAUCUCUGCAUCUUCUCUACCAGUCGUCACACUAUAACAUUCUUUACCAACGGCCUGAACUUAAAAACACCAGUCCACUAUCCCCAAACUAAUCAUCUCAGGAAUUUGAACAAUGGAAAACAUGUUCCAUACAUUUUAAACAUUUUUUAGACUAAGAAUAGAAAUCAGUUGUAUUCAGACUAUUUUUAUUUUGUCUUCUGAAAGUCAACAAUUGCAAAUUACAAGAAAUGAUAAAAUAAGUAUGAAUUUCUAACAUUUCAAGAAACUUUCUAAGCAAAGCCAGAGUGAAAGUUUAACUGGAGCUUAUUUCCAGCACUUUUUUUUAAAACGAACCUGCUGUCAGUAUCACACAAAAUAAGCAAUUUUGAUGAAACUUG